UUCUGAAUGUCUUUGGAAGGCAGUACAAAUAGUGUUUUGAGUUUGUUGUGGUGUUGUUUGUAUUCGAAUAUUUACAUUUUAUUUGUGUUUAACGAAGCUCUAGUGUUCUAAGUAUGAUGAAGUUUGCGUAACAUGAAUAUCUAAGCGGAUGUGUUCCUGUUUAUAGUGAUGUGAGAUUCAAGAGGACCACUUCAGCAAUGGCAAAUCACUACGAUGUACCAAAUUGGGCUGGAAAACCGCCUGUCGGACUUCAUCUGGAUGUUUUAAAAGGAGAUAAACUAAUCCAGAAAUUGAUGAUAGAUGAGAAAAAGUGUUACCUCUUUGGCAGGAAUCCUCAGAUGAAUGAUUUUUGCAUUGACCACGCAUCUUGCUCUCGAGUUCAUGCUGCUCUUGUGUAUCACAAGCAUUUAAACAGAGCCUUUCUGGUGGAUUUGGGAAGCACUCAUGGCACAUUCAUUGGAUCACUUCGUUUGGAGCCACAUAAGCCUACACAAUUACCAAUAGACAGUGUAUUCCAUUUUGGGGCAUCAACACGGAAUUACAUCAUUCGUGAACGACCACAAACGGGUUCAAGACCAAUCAUUGAGGAACUAGAAAAAUCUUCAGAAGAAGCUGAAGGUGGCCUCUUGGGUUUGCCAGAGACGGAAACAGAACUGGAUAAUCUUACAGAGUUUAAUACUGCACACAAUCGCCGAAUAUCUAUGCUGGGGAUUCCUGAUGAAGAAAUUCGCCCCACAACGAGGAAAAGAAAGAAGAAAUUACUGACUUUUAGUGAAGAAGAGGAAGUAAUAAAUCCUGAAGAUGUUGAUCCAUCUGUUGGUCGUUUUAGGAAUAUGAUUCACACGACUAUAAUACCAACAAAGCGUCAGAGAAUUGAUGGUGUUGGACCAACAAGUGGUCUCACAAACAGUUCAGAUGAUCGCCUGAACCUCAUGAAACACUUACAUCCUUCUGCAAUGAUGCCACAUCUGUAUCACGAUUUGCCACCUGAAGGGUCUCACCCGGUUGGUGCUGGAACACCAACAUCACCCACAGGUACAGGUAACAGUGCAAAUACUCCACUGUUGUUUUCGUCGGCACUGGCAUCGCGCUUGGGCUUGGCCUUACCAAACCCUGCUCCAGAAGUGGAGAUGGCGCCACCCCCGCUUCCACCUGCUGUGCUACCUGGCCAGCCAGCUGUCGGUGCUUCUGUCGACCUUAGCCACGAACCUAAGAAGAAGAAAUAUGCUAAAGAAGCAUGGCCUGGCAAGAAGCCUGUUCCAACACUCCUUGUGUGACAUCAGCAUCUUUUUGUUCUUGUGUCAUAUACACUCUGGAUCCAAGCCAACUGGAAGGACUCCGUACACUGGAUGUAUGCAAGAAUUACAUAAUCAUUGUGAAUUUUUGUUCUGUUAGACGCCACCAGUGUAGCAUCAGGAAUUCAAAUUUGUAUAUUGUUCAUUUACUUCAUUAACAACAUAAUUUUGUUGUUCGUGGAUUGUUGUAAUGUGUUUUGUAUGCAGCUGUAGUAUUUUUCAUAUAGAGCUCGCAAUUUCCAAUGACUUUGGUUUUUUCCCUGCAUGAGCUCAUGUACGGUUCUCAUUGCUUUUCUGCUUAGUACAUUUGGUUUCGGGACUUGUUCAUGACUACAUGGAUUAUCUGAACAGUGUGCAUGAUAGUGUUUGUAUACAGUACUGUGCAUUGUCCAUAUUCUGUAAAUACAAAUACUGACUUUGUGUUGAAGCCUAUUAUAUAGGAUACCCUUUGUUAUAAGACUUUCUGCCUGCUGAGUUCUGUGAGUGUCAGUAUGUUAUGAAUACUAUUAAAUACACUGAAAAGAGCAAUAUUGAAUGUACAGUUGGCUGCGAAUUGGGUCUGUAUAGGAGAUGAAAAGAGAACUAUAUGUGAGAAUGCACAAAUCCAUUUGUGGGUCAUCGGAGUUGCCUUAAUUCUCGGGUUCAUAUCUUCAAUCAUGAGCAGUCUUUUCUUAACACAGUUAUUUGUCAAAACAGCUACCAUAAUGGGUCUGUUAAUUACAAAUGAAGAUCUGUUUGAGUUUUGAUGUAUUCUGACAUAACUGUCUGUUGUCUUUGAAAGUGAUUUUUAAAUUUAUUUGUGCAGCUUUUGCCUUGUUUGUGGUAGAAAUGCAUUUAUAGCUAGAGCAACUAUUUUUGUCAGUAAGAAUGUUUCUCUACAACUGAGCAAUAAAGUACUUGUACAGACUG